CCCAAAAUCUCUACAAUCCUCUGUCUCUCACUCUCCGGUCACCGGCAAAAGCCCUCUUCACCACUCCUCCGGCCAUUGACGCAAUGGUGGGACUUUCCGUUGGAGAAAAGCAUUUUAUCAAGGGAGGCAUUGAACAGGACCUCCGUACUGACGGCCGAAAACGCUACACUUAUCGGCCCAUUUACAUUGAAACAGGUGUCAUCCCUCAGGCUAAUGGUUCAGCUAGAGUUAAGCUUGGUGCCACCGAUGUUAUCGCGAGUGCUAAGGCUGAACUUGGAAAGCCGAGCCCAUCUUAUCCGGAUAAAGGGAAGGUAUUAAUCAACGUGGAUUGCAGUCCCACGGCUGAGCCAGCAUUUGAGGGUAGAGGAGGGGAAGAGCUGUCGUCAGAACUCUCAGUUGCUCUUCAGCGCUGUCUCUUGGGUGGUAAAAGUGGAGCAGGGGCUGGAAUAGAUCUCUCAUCUCUUUCUAUCGUUGAGGGGAAAAUCUGUUGGGAUCUUUAUAUAGAAGGUCUUGUUGUAAGUUCAGAUGGGAAUCUGUUAGAUGCCUUGGGCGCUGCAGUCAAGGCUGCUCUGAGCAAUACAGCUCUUCCAAAAGUCCAAGUGGCUUCAGCUGCCUCUGAUGAGCAGCCAGAGGUUGAUUUGAGUGAUGAAGAAUUUUUGCAAUUUGAUACCAGUGGAAUUCCUGCCAUUAUAACUCUGACAAAGGUUGGUAAGCACUACAUCGUGGAUGGAACUUCGGAAGAAGAAUCUCAGAUGAGCUCAGCUGUCUCUGUUUCUGUGAAUAGGCAAGGGCGCAUAUGUGGGCUGACAAAGCGAGGGGGUGCAGGCCUAAAUCCAUCUGUCAUACUUGACAUGAUCUCUGUUUCUAAACAUUUAAGUGAGCAGCUGAUAAAUAAGUUGGAUUCCGAGAUAGCUGCAGCAGAAGCUUGUGAAGAAGAUGAAUUUUGACACAAAAUCAAGCAUCCAUUUGGUGUAAUAGUUCAACUGUUUUGCCUUCAAUAUAGCUUGCUAAAGGUUGUAAUUUUGUAGAAUUAUCAGAUACAAAUUAACUUAUAGGUGCUCAGGAAGUGAUUGAGCUAAUUGCAGCUGGAACUGGAAAUGGCAAUUAUUUGCUGAACUGUAACCACGGUAAGCAAAAUUUCCUAGGGGUGUAAGUUGUAGCUCGAUGUUUAGUUCAGGAAGUUCAGGAAGUUGUAGCUUGAUGUUUAGUAUUUUGAAAUUGAUGAAAGACAGGUUGUACUGCUCUUUUCAAUAUUAUUACAAAUCUGUAGAUUGUCAUACAUCCUUUAUCUGGA